CCCCCUCCUUAAUAAGACAAAACCAGACAAAACAGCAGAAAAGUAAACAUCUCAGGAAAAAGGACCAUCAGUAAACACAUUGAACCGAGAAAUUCGCAAUUUCGCAAGCAAAUUUUAAACUCGUCAUUCUGCUUCUGUGCUUCUUAGAAAUAUCCAAAUAUCAACAACUACAAUAACGUUAUAACUUUCUGCAUCGAGGAUUUUUCAAAAUGACCAGCAAGAUAGAAAAAGUUGUCAACAUCUACAAAUCUAUAACUCGGUUUCCAACCCCAAGCUCUGCUGAAAUAUUAAAAAGAGACCAAUAUGGAUUUUCCCUCAUCACGAAAUGGACACAAAAUAAUUUUGAAACAGGAAAGAAAAUUUCCAGCCAACAAAACUUCCAUGUCAACCUGUCUCCAGCUCUAAAAAUUACCGCUAAUCCUGCUGUUGAAGUGAAUGAAGUCUUGAGCUCUUUGUCACCUUGUGGUUCAUUUAAAGCCGUAAUUAAGGAAGCUGUGCCUGCUUCGUCAACGUCGACAGCAUCAUCAAAGCAGCAAUUUUUAGAAAUUUGGAACGAGAGUCUGUUGGUACUCAACUGCAACUUGUCUAGCCUUGAUAUACACGGAAGUGUCUAUUCGGAAGCUGACUUUGCUUCCCUUGUAUGGUCUCCUUCUGGAGACAAAAUAGCUUACAUUGCUGAACAGAAAGUGCCAAAAUCUGAUUCUUUCUUGCCCUUGAAAAAGAAGCCAGAAGAUGACCAAAAAGAUGAAAAACCUCCUCAGGGACAAGCAAGUAUUUACCGUCCAGAUUGGGGUGAGCAAAUGGUAGGACGUCAUCAGCCAGUGGUGGUCGUGUGUGACGUGAGCUCUGAUGCCAACCCGAAAGUCCUUGCUGGUGUCCCAGAAGGCCUCUCUCCUGGUCAAUUGUGCUGGCGUUUGGACGGAAAGUCUAUUUUUGGAGUUGCAUGGAAGAGCGAACCUCGUCGGCUGGGUCUCAUUUAUUGCACCAACAGAGCUGGAUUUAUCUUUGAAUUGGGACUUGACGGAUCAUACAAAACCAUAACUGAUGGAAAUACUGCAGUUCGCUCUCCAAAAUGCAGCCCUGAUGGAAAAACACUUAUAUGGCUAGAGCGCAGUGUUGGAGGACCUCAUCACAGCGGAAUGAAACUUAUGAGCAGUGAUUUGACUGGAAACAAUAAAAAUAUUAUUGUCGAUUUAGUAGCUGAAAGUGAAACGCUUUCGUGCGGGCUUCCAUUUUACGGACUCUACUGCUCUGGCCUUUUGAAAAAUUGCUGGUUAAAUGGAGGAAAAAAGUUGGUUGUAAACAACUGUCAUAAGGAGAGACUGGUUCCUUUUGUAGUUAACUUAGCUACAAGAGCUGUUGAAUAUCUGGACCCCAUACAGCCCAGCGAGGUCAGCCGAACUAUCUUGACUGUUCAAGACGAUUUUGUCGUUUACACGGAGAGCUCCAUGACCUCUCCAAGCAAUAUUUUCCUUGCUGAGCUCACUUCGGAAGGACGAUUAGCAAACGCCCAGCCGGUCAGUAAAAUUUUGGCACCACCUGAAAUCCAAAACUUUGAAUACAAGUGCCUUGAUUUGGAAGCACCCGGAGGAAAACCUGGCAGCAGAUUCAAUGCAAUUUUCUUGGGCCCCAAAUCUGUGACUGGGAAAAUUCCUCUCAUCGUCUGGCCACACGGAGGUCCUCACGCAAUGUUUGCUAACAACUUUAUGGACGCCGCUGCAUUUUUCUCGCUUUUAGGUUUUGGGUGUCUCAUGGUCAAUUAUCGAGGCUCUGUGGGAUAUGGCGAGAACAGCGUGUUGUCCCUUGUAGGAGGCGUUGGCAACAACGAUGUUAAGGACAUGGACCAAGCUGUCGUGCAGGCUCUCAAAGAAAUCCCUCACUUGGACAGAGAUCGUUUGGUUUUGUUCGGAGGAUCCCAUGGUGGAUUUCUUGUGACCCAUUUGAGCGGGCAGUAUCCAGAGAAAUAUAAGGCUGUUGUUGCCCGAAAUCCAGUCAUUGAUAUCACCACUAUGUUGGGAACUUCAGACAUUCCAGACUGCGAUAGGUGCACUGCCGUGUGUGGAAUGGAAUUUGACAAGAUAUCACCAAGGCAAACAGAACUUCUGGUGAAGUUAAGGGAGAUGUCGCCUAUUUGGUACGCUCAGAAUGUCAAGGCUCCAACCCUCCUCAUGGUAGGAAGCUGUGAUUUGAGAGUGCCUCCAAGCCAAUCGAGCAUCUAUUACUAUCAACUCAAAGCUCAAGGAACUGACGUCCACAUUCACAUGUACGAUGAUAACCAUCCGUUGGGAAAAGUUCCGAAUGAUGUCGAUAAUAUCAUCAAUUCGGCUCUAUGGUUUUUGAAGCACACAGAGAAAUAGACUACAUUAGUUUUGUGUGGUAAGAGGAUUAGUAAAUAAUUAUAUUUAACCAAUUAAUAUUUUCAUGGAAAUAAAAUUACAGAAUCUAAUUUUAA